AUGUCGCCUUCGUCCUACUCGCCUGGUGAUAUCUUAGCGCUCGCCUCAGCCCUCCGUAACGAUAGAACUUGGCCAAGUCUUUGUUUCGGUACCGACGUGAGGCCAUUUAUGGGGGGCGGCUCUCUGAUAUACGCCUUGAGAUUUCCCGAUGAGGUCGCCUGGGCAUUUCAUGUUUUCGCCCAAGAUGACACGAGUUCGACGGCUGACUCGGUGGCAUCCCUUGCGCAAUCACAAGCGACGACGUUUACCGUGCUCCACGAAUCUGGUUUUCAAAGGUCUCCCAAACUCAUACAUCACGAUGUUGGGCAUAACAAUCCAAUCAAGGCCCCUUACCUGGUGCUCAGCUGGAUUCCUGGCACAGCUCUUGAGUGGACCGAUACAUCACCGUCAGAGCCUCAGUGCAGAGAAAAGAUUAUGCGUCAAGUGGUCAAUAUCCAGUUAGAGUUGGCCGAAUGUACCAAAGUUGCAUCCGUGGGAUCUUCAACUUACGAGUGCUUAUGUCAAACUGUAGAUCGGAAGAUUAUGCGCGUUGUGGAUGGUAAAGAGCCUUCCAUUACUAUUAUCGACUGUCUCGAGCACCGUGCAUUGCUGCAGCAUGCGGUCCAUAGGAGCCUUGAGUUCGAGCCCCCCAUCUACGCCAUCUCACAUGAGGAUCUCGCUGCCCGUAACAUUAUCGUGGACUCGGACUACAACAUCACAGGUCUUAUCGGUUGGACGUCUGCCAGGAUCCUCCCGCUACAACUAGCCUUUCGGUUACCACGAUUCUUGGCCACCGAACCGGACUCGCCCAUCGAGCCAGUGUCCCAACUCCCGAGUGAUAUAGAUUUAUCGACCUUUGCUGUGCAGUAUCUGCACCCAUCCCCAAGCCUCAUUGUCGACCGACACUUGGUCCGGAUGCAUCUUGCCUCACUUAUCGCCGGCCAUGACCAUCCCGAGCGUGGGUCGUUGGCCCAGGUCAUGAGGCAUGUGCAUUCGGACCCGGAUGUCAGCUGGCAGUAUCUCAUCAUUGAAGCGUGCUUUACCGAGGGUCUUGCUGCGUGGCUUUCGAACCGCAACUGGCUGUUGGGUGGGACAAAGGGGCAGAUGUCUAGGCUUGGGGAUGUUCCGCGAGAGGCGAUAGGGAAGGAGGCGGAGAAGUUUCUAGCUGCCAACGAUGGAAUAGACCAGGCGGUACGAGAGGCAGUGUUGAGGGCGUGUGGCACUUGA